AUGGCUCGCCACGGGGAUACUCGCUCACCAUCUCCUGUAGGCAGCACAUAUUCUUCAUCCCGACGGAACCGCAGAGACGAUGAUCGCUACGACAGAGUUCGGCGGGAUGAAGGACGCGGUUAUCGCAGAUCACGCAGCCCAGAGUCUCCAAUCCAGCGGCGAUACCGUGACCGUGACCAUGGCCGUGACCGUGACCGAGAUGGUUAUCGACGACGUGACCGUUCCUUAGACCGACGCGACGAAGACAACUAUCGCCCUCCUCGCCGAGAUCGGUCCCGUGACCGCCGGCGAGAUGAUGAUCGGGACUAUCGUCGCAGAAGCCGCGACAGGGACUAUCGUGCCAGGCGAGAUGAUUCACGCGACCGAGACCGAAGGCGCCCAGAUGAUUCUACUGAUUUGAAAUACAAGUCUAGACGGGAUGACAGCCGUGACCGCGCCUCGAACCGUCGGUCCAGGUCUCGAACUCAAGAGCCAUCCAAACAAUCGACCCCCGCCCCCGCCGUCCAGACCGAUGAGCAAAAGAAGGCUGAGCGACUUGCGAAACUAGAGCUGUGGAAGGCCAAGCAGGCUGCGGAGAGGGAGCGCAAGCAACAAGAACAGGCUGCUGGUGGUGGUCGAGGCAUUCUGGAUGCGAUUGAUCGCAAAUCGGGCCUAUCCCCUGCAGUUGGAUCCCCUCAAACCCCCACAUCUCAAGUCGACUCUCCUGCUCCCUACGCCGGGAAAUUCGAUCCGAAGGCCAUCGCAAAAAGUGCGACUUCGACUACCGCGGUCCCUGCUGUUUUGGGAAAUGAUAUCGACGUUCCGCAAGGCGUCAAAGUUCCAGCCAAGCCAUCCCAGGUUCCCCCCGCUCCAGCACCCGCUCCGUUAAAAGCUAAGGGCAACGUCAGCGGGUUUGGUCUAGGCGCGAAGCAAGCUACGGAUUCCGAUAAACCAUCCGCUAGUCGUACCUUGGGAUUCGGCGAAGAGGAAUCAACCCGGAAAAAGCUUGAGCGUCUGCCAACUCCGCCAUUGGACGAUGGGAAAGACAGCUUCGAGGCUGGAGACGAGGCGGGUGAUGAUGACGAUGUCGACAUGCAAGAUGAGGGGACAGAAGAGGAGGCCGCAGCCGCGGCACGAGCCGCAGCAGAGCGUCGCGAGGAACGCCUCCAAACCCAAAACUUUGAAGAUCAAGGUGACACUCGAACAAACGGAGAUGUCACUAUGGAGGAUAUUUCUCAUCAGCAAGCUGAGUCUACUCAAAUGGAAGUUGAUGAGGAGGAAGAAGUUGAUCCUCUUGAUGCAUUCAUGUCAGAGCUGGCAGAUAAGGCCCCGCCGAAGAAGAAAUCUGGCGCCACAUUUGCAAAGCAGAAGAAGGCAGCGCAGCCCCAGGCGCUGUUUGGUGAUGAGGACGAUGUUGACAUUACCGCAGUUGGCGACGAUGACGCUGACGACGUCCUAGCCAUGGCGAAUAAGAAAAAGAAGAAAGAAAUUCCGACGGUGGACCACAAAAAGGUUGAGUAUGAGCCGUUCCGAAGCAAAUUUUAUAAUGAGCCUUCUCAUCUUGCCGACAUGACUGAGGAAGAGGUUGCUAAUUUGCGACUCGAGCUUGAUGGCAUCAAAGUGCGUGGCAGCGACAUUCCUAAGCCUGUCCAGAAGUGGUCGCAGUGCGGCUUAGGUGUACAAACCCUGGAAGUUGUUGAUCGUCUAGGCUAUGAGAGCCUUACAUCCAUCCAGGCCCAGGCAAUUCCAGCCAUUAUGUCCGGCCGUGACGUGAUUGGCGUGGCAAAGACUGGUUCUGGAAAAACCAUCGCCUUCCUGAUCCCCAUGUUCCGUCACAUCAAGGACCAACGGCCACUUGACAACAUGGAGGGUCCGAUCGGUCUAAUUAUGACACCAACUCGUGAAUUGGCCACGCAGAUUCACAAGGAUUGCAAGCCUUUCCUGAAAGCUCUCGGUCUUAGAGCCGUCUGCGCAUACGGCGGCGCUCCGAUCAAGGAUCAAAUCGCUGAUUUGAAACGCGGUGCAGAAAUCGUUGUCUGCACUCCUGGGCGAAUGAUUGAUCUUCUCGCUGCGAAUGCCGGGCGAGUCAUCAAUCUGCGUCGUGUUACAUACGUCGUGCUGGACGAAGCAGAUCGCAUGUUUGACAUGGGAUUUGAGCCUCAGGUUAUGAAGAUUCUGGCCAACGUCCGGCCUGACCGACAGACUGUGCUUUUUUCCGCCACCUUCCCACGCAAUAUGGAGGCUCUCGCUCGAAAAACGCUUAAGAAGCCCGUCGAGAUUGUCGUCGGUGGGAAGAGUGUUGUGGCACCUGAAAUCACUCAGGUCGUUGAGGUCCGGAACGAGGAUCAGAAAUUCGUUCGUCUGCUGGAGCUAUUAGGUAAUUUAUACUCAGACGAUGCAAACGAAGAUGCGCGGGCGUUGAUCUUCGUCGAUCGUCAGGAGUCAGCUGAUAACCUUCUCAAAGAGUUGAUGCGGAAGGGUUAUCCAUGCAUGUCGAUUCAUGGUGGGAAGGAUCAGAUCGAUCGAGACUCUACGAUUGAAGACUUUAAAGCCGGAAUCUUCCCUGUCUUGGUUGCAACCUCGGUCGCGGCUCGUGGUCUGGAUGUCAAGCAGUUGAAACUUGUUAUCAACUACGAUGCACCCAAUCACUUGGAAGACUAUGUUCAUCGUGCUGGGCGUACCGGGCGUGCUGGAAACACUGGUACCGCAGUUACAUUCCUUACCGAGGAUCAAGAACGGUAUUCCGUCGACAUUGCCAAGGCUCUCAAGCAGAGUGGACAAGAAAUUCCCGAGCCUGUCCAAAAGCUGGUUGACUCCUUCUUGGAGAAAGUCAAGGCAGGCAAAGAGAAGGCUAGCGCGUCUGGCUUCGGUGGAAAGGGUCUGGAGCGUCUUGACCAAGAGCGUGAGACUGCUCGUAUGCGCGAGCGCAGGACAUAUAAGACCGGCGACGAUGGUGAUGAGGAGGAAGAAAAGGAGGAUAAGGACAAGAAGGUGGAUGAAGACCGCUUCAACAAGGCACUCUCGUCCGUACAAUCUGCUGCUGCUCCAGCCCCUGCACCACUUGUUGGCGUGCCAAAGGGUAUUGACCUGGAUGGUAAAAUCACCGUACACAGGACUGAAAAGGAUGCUGCUGGCGGCAAGAACGCUCUGGACAAGGUUGGCUCUGCUGUUGCCGAUAUUCAUGCACGUCUGAGUAGAGCCGGUGUGAUGAGAUCUGGUGUCCCGAUCGACAACCGCGGCCCCGAUGCAGGUGCAUUCCAUGCUACAUUGGAAAUCAAUGACUUUCCCCAAAAAGCACGUUGGGCCGUCACCAACCGCACCAACGUCGCCAAGAUCCUGGAAGCUACCGGCACGUCCAUUACAACCAAAGGCAACUUCUAUGCCACUGGUAAAGAGCCUGGCCCGGGCGAGAGCCCCAAGCUAUACAUUCUUGUGGAAGGUGAAACCGAGAUCUCCGUCACCAAUGCUAUGCGUGAAUUGAUGCGACUGUUGAAGGAGGGUACGAUCGCAGCUGCCGAUAGCGAUGCUCGUGCGCCGGCAAGUGGUCGUUACAAUGUCGUCUAA